UCCUCCCCUAGGAUGUCCAUGAGGAGCCCUGUUUCUCCCCACCUGGAACUCAAUGGAGCCGGGAACAUGGUGAACUGCACCAUCAAGACGGAAGAGAAGACAGAUAGCUGCCAUGAGUCCCCCCAGGGAGCACCCACUGGCUCCGAUCCCCACCCCAGCGAUUUGCAUGGAGUGCCACUGUCACUGAGAGAGUGUGCUGACCCCCGGACUCUUCCACAGGAAUCCCGGUCUCCUGUGAGCAAUGCGUUAGAUUCCAGGAGGUCUGCGUUUGAGCCUGCUGUCAGCAGCCAGGAAAAGUUAGAUUUCAACAGAAACUUGAAAGAGGUUAUGCCAACCAUUGAGAAGUUACUCUCCAGUGACUGGAAAGAAAGGCUUCUGGGUAGAAACACCAUGGAAUCCAAAGAGGUGAAAGGAACCCAGGAGAGCUUAGCGGAGAAGGAGCUGCAGUUGCUUGUCAUGAUCAACCAGCUCUCCACCUUGCGGGACCAGCUUCUGACGGCCCAUUCGGAGCAGAAGAACAUGGCAGCCAUGCUGUUUGAGAAGCAGCAGCAGCAGAUGGAGCUGGCUCGGCAGCAGCAGGAGCAGAUUGCCAAGCAGCAGCAGCAGCUCAUUCAGCAGCAGCACAAGAUUAACCUGCUGCAGCAACAGAUCCAGCAGGUCAAUAUGCCCUAUGUCAUGAUUCCAGCCUUUCCUCCCAGCCACCAGCCUCUCCCCGUGACCCCAGACUCCCAGCUAGCGCUUCCCAUCCAGCCUAUCCCUUGCAAACCAGUGGAGUACCCCAUGCAGCUGCUGCACAGCCCUCCCCCUCCGACGCUGAAGAGACCCGCCGGCUCAGGCCACCUCCAGAUGCAGGAGUCUUCACAGCCACUGAACCUAACGGCCAAACCCAAAAGCUCUGAGCUCUCCAGUGCCUCCAGCUCACCCAGCCUGAAGAUGAGCAGCUGCCGAUCCCUCACUCCUAACCACGGGGUCACGAGAGACCUUCAGUCCAGCCCUCCCAGUCUGCCUCUGGGAUUUCUGGGAGAGGGGGACGCCAUCACUAAAGCGCUCCAGGAUGCACGGCAGCUCCUGCACUGCCACAGCGGGGCGACGGAGAGCUCUCUGAAUAAUCCCUACCGGAAGGACCAAAUGGGCUUGGAUUCCUCGCCCACGAAGGAGCGGAUGGAAGAGACGUGCAUGCACAGACUGGACGAGUCCAUGUUAACCUGCGAUAUGGAUGGCUCACGACAUUUCCCCGAGUCCAGGAACAACAACCACAUAAAGCGGCCCAUGAAUGCUUUCAUGGUGUGGGCCAAGGACGAGAGGCGGAAGAUUUUGCAGGCCUUCCCGGACAUGCACAACUCCAGUAUCAGCAAGAUCCUGGGGUCCCGGUGGAAAUCGAUGACGAACCAAGAGAAGCAGCCCUAUUACGAGGAGCAGGCCCGGCUGAGCCGGCAGCACCUGGAGAAGUAUCCCGACUACAAAUACAAGCCGCGGCCAAAGCGCACCUGCAUCGUGGAGGGGAAGCGGCUGCGCGUGGGCGAGUACAAGGCGCUGAUGAGGAACAGACGGCAAGACACCAGGCAGGGCUACUUGAUAGCGCCCCAGGGCAGUCAGAUGCAAGCCUCUUCAUCGGAUGUCCUGUACCAGAGGCCGGUGGGCAUGCAGCUGGCGCCGCCGCUGGUGGAGCACUACCUGCCCCGCAGCAUGGACCCCAACAUGCCCGUCAUCGUCAACACGCGCAGCCUCAAGUCACAAGAGGGUGACGGCGGGGAGGACGGGCACUCGGUGGCGGAUGGCGAGAUGUACCGGUACAGCGAGGACGAGGACUCCGAGGGCGAGGACAAGAGCGACGGGGAGCUGGUGGUGCUCACGGACUGA